AAAGAGUGAUUCCUUGGAAUUCUCUCUUCUCGUCGCCUCCGGACCUUGGGCAUCACAGAGACCCUCGCAGAGAACCUUUGGUUAGAGAAUUGUUCAAAAGACAGCCAAGCCGUCUUUUCGUUUUUCCUUUGCCUCCCGUGUUGCUAGAGAAUUUCAAACUCUUUGCAACAGCGGCUCCGGCCUACCCUGUGAGAACGGGUAAGUGUCCGCUUGAGGGCUUACUUUCUAAGAUGCAAGAAGCAGCUUCCUAACAUGUUGACACUUGUUCCAGUGUUCAAAGGUUUGACUAUCCCCUCAUUUAAGACUCUUUGACCUGUGAAUGUCUGAGAAUGAUGGAAGAGGAGGGUUAUUCCAGUGUGCUCUUCAUCAAAUCUGAAGAAGCCAAACCAAGAGCAGAUGACCAAUCUCGGCCUGGUCCUCACCGAUAUGGCUGUGCUGUGGUGGUCCUUGGCCUGCUGACUGCUCUCCUCCUCUCUGCCCUGGUGACAUUACUUGUUUACUAUCAGGGAUACGUGUCUGAAUAUAGCACACUCUUGGCUCGUUAUGACAACGCGAGUGCUGCAAACCAGGAUCUGCAGAAGGAGAGGAACACGCUGAUGAUGGAACGAGACCAUCUCAAUCAGACCCUUGAGGUCAUUUUCCAGUUCAGAGAUUUUCCAGUUGACCAUUUCUGUCCAGUCUCAGAUCAUGUAGCACAAGAGAGGAAGUGCGGUGGAUACUGCACAAAAGGAUGGAUGUACUAUCAAUCAAGCUGUUACCAAUUCAUCAACACUGAAUGGCAGCGGGAAAGCUGGGAGUUCAGUCAAGCUGACUGUGAAAUGAAGAGGGCCCAUCUGGUAACCAUAGACACAGUAGAGGAACAAGCAUUCAUCUACAAUCACACAUAUGAGUAUUACUAUGAGCAAUAUGGAUACUGGAUUGGACUGAGGAAAAUUCAAGACAAAUGGCAGUGGCUGAAUGGCAGUGAACUCACUGGAGGCCACUGGAUUCGUACAGAGGAAGAAGAGGGCGAUGGUUGUGUCCUAUCAAUGCCUAACACUGACCCUUUGAAGAGCUGGCAGGACAGCUCAUGUCAUUUGCUAAACAGAUGGAUCUGUGAAAAAGAAGCUGCUAAAUGGCCUGGCAAAAAUGAUUUGUAGUUUUCAGUAUAAUUGGGUUAUCUACUGCAGUGCAAUAUGAAAACUGUCGAAUGCCAGAUUCAACCUGCCACCAACAUUACUGACAUUUUGAACGAUUUUCUGUGAUUCUUGCCCAAACACAGUUAGAUAUGUCAG